GGCGGAAGUGGGCGGGGCGAGCGCGCCGUGGGAGAGGGAGCUGGUUGAGGGGAGCGGAGGGGCUCGUUCCAAAAUGGCGGAGCGCGGUUACAGCUUCUCCCUCACUACCUUCAGUCCUUCUGGAAAACUUGUUCAGAUUGAAUAUGCUUUGGCUGCAGUGGCUGCAGGAGCUCCAUCGGUUGGGAUUAAAGCUGCAAAUGGAGUGGUGCUGGCAACUGAGAAGAAGCAGAAAUCCAUUCUUUAUGAUGAAAGGAGUGUCCACAAAGUAGAACCAAUUACCAAACACAUAGGUUUAGUGUACAGCGGUAUGGGUCCAGAUUACAGAGUACUUGUGCACAGAGCUCGGAAGCUGGCCCAGCAAUAUUACUUGGUUUAUCAUGAGCCCAUUCCAACGGCUCAGCUAGUGCAGAGAAUUGCUUCCGUGAUGCAGGAAUACACGCAGUCUGGUGGUGUUCGUCCCUUUGGUGUGUCACUGCUAAUAUGUGGCUGGAAUGAAGGGCGGCCCUAUCUAUUUCAGUCGGAUCCAUCUGGAGCUUACUUUGCCUGGAAAGCAACAGCCAUGGGGAAGAAUUACGUCAAUGGGAAGACAUUCCUUGAGAAAAGGUAACGUAUUUGAUGCUUGUCUGAAAGGACACUGU